AUGAUUUCCGGAAAAAUUAUUUUAAAAUCUGGUACCAAAUUAUCACUUGAUAAGCGAUUCACUGAAAUCGCUAAACAAGCACCAGUAGCUACACCACGCAUUCAACAGCAAGCGAAUGUCAUUAUUCCAUAUUCAAGACAAGAACUAUUUGGAAAUCGACGACCCAAUGUAUUUCUUGCUGCACAAAGACUCAAAAAGCGAAGUAUUAAUUAUCGUCUUGGUAUGGGUGCUAAUCCCAAUGUAAAUCGUUCAUAUACAGCUUCGAACAAAUCCCGUGUGUUUCAACGACUUAGUUUUGGUAAUCGUCGACGUAAUGACGCAGGUGCUAAUCGAUAUUUAUUCGGUGGACAAACUGGUAUGGGUGUACGCCUUCGAGGGCAAGGUCGUAUUCGUGGAACAAGAACAUUUCGUCCUCGAACACGUGGUUAUUUAAAUAAUAAUACAAUUAGUCGAUAUGGUGGUUUUUCAAGACGUGGCAAUAUGAAUAAUCGUGGACGAGGAGGAGUAGCAGGAAGAGGAGCAAACAGAGGUGGAGGACGACGCAAUGGAAACAAUAAUAAUUUUAAUCGACCAAAUAAUCGUGGCCGUUUUGGAAAUAGUUCUAAUCGUGGUGGACGUGGUCGAAUGAAUAAUAACAACAACAACAACAAUAAAAAUCUAACAAAAGAAAGUCUUGAUACUGAACUUGAUAAAUAUAUGGCUCAAACAAAAAUUGAAAAUGAUUCAAUUGAAAUGAAUGCUAUUUAA